AAGAAUCCUUAAAAUUGGAUAAGUAAAGCCGAAAUGUUAAUUUUUUGAUUAUGGAAGAGAAAAUCAUUGAUUUCCAAAAUGUAUGCAGAAUAUGUUUGGAAAAAAUGGAUAUAAUGGUAUCGAUUUUUGAUGGAAUUCAGGCACCAGAUUUAAUAUCUUACAAAGAUAUGAUACAGGAGUGUGCUUCAAUACAAGUUUCAAUUAUUGAUAUACUACCGAAAAAAAUAUGUAUAAAAUGUUCGGAACAAUUACAAUUAAGUUACAAAUUAAAAAUACAAUGCCUAUUAUCCGAAAAAAUUAUGCAAAAUUUCAUUUCAAAAACAAAACCGCACAAUAUAAAAGCCGAACAAUAUUAUGACGAAGAAUUUGAUAAUAAUGAUGACAUAAAAAACGAUAAUGAUUACGAUACAAUAUCCGAUAAUAUCGAAAAUACUGAAAUGGAAAUUAUUCUUAAAGAGGAAAAUAUUGAAAAUGAAAUAAAAGAAAAUUCGGAAUUAAUAAAAUGUGAAUUGUGCGAUGAAAUUUUUUUAACACAAGAGAAUUAUUUAAGUCAUUACGAUAGCGUCCAUUUAUUUAAAUGUAAUUUAUGUGAACAAAUUUUACAAUCACAAGUACAGUUUAAAAAACAUUUAUACACACAUAAAAAGCAGCGUGUAAAAACGAUGCAUAAAAUACGUUUCAAAAAAUUAGGUCAAGGUCAACCGAAACUAGAAUAUCGGUGUACGGAAUGUAAUAAAAUGUUUCAAUUUAAGUCCAAACUUGAGCAACAUAUGAGCGUACAUUCGGAUGAAAAUCAGUAUUUAUGUACUUAUUGUGGGAAAGCACUGAAAAGUGGUUCAUCAUUACGAGUCCAUUUACGAACUCAUACCAACGAGAAACCAUAUUGUUGUAAAAUAUGCGGUUUCAAAUCAGGUUAUCCAUUACGAGAUCAUUUAAUUUCACAUUCUAAUGAGAGAAAGUAUGAAUGUGAAAUUUGUAAAAAAUCGUAUGCACGACGAAAUACAUUAAAACGACACAUUAAAACACAUUCAACAGAACGAAAUUUUGUUUGUGAUAUUUGUGGGAAACGAUUUACAUUUAAACAUAAAUUACGAGAACAUCAAUAUAUACACACAGGUGAACGUAAAUACAUCUGUACAUAUUGUAAUAAGCCAUUCAAUCGACUUGAUAAUCUUCGAGUACAUUUACGAAUUCAUACUGGUGAUAAACCAUUUGUGUGCAGUCGAUGUGGACGAGGAUUUUCAGCUAAACAUGUACUGAAUAGUCAUUUAAAAACGCAUACUGAAUCACCGGAAUAAAAGUAGUUAAAAGAAAUAGAUGCGCUUUAACUAAAAAUUUAUGCGAUAUUUAAAAAAAACACAAUUAAAACAAAAAAAUGCUAUUUAAAAUUUCGAAUUUUAUUGUAAAUU